AUCGACCAGGAGGGACUUUGUGCACGCGAAAGGCAACAAGUCCAACACUGGUGGCAGCGGCCGGUCGCAGCUCUGACAAAACUAUUUAAAGGAUAGUUAGAGAAGAUGCGUUCACUUAAAAUGUGUUAUUAAACUGCGAGAGUUGAUGUGCAGCAAAGUUUGUCUCGACUUUUGGAGCGCGUCGUUCGAUGGCACGGCAAAAAAAGAACAUUAGAAGUUGAAUCUGGGAAGAAUGGAACGCAAGUCACCCACAGAUUUACGCUUGACCAAAAAAAGCUGCGCCAGUAAUUUGCUGCUUGUGGAUAUGACGGCGUGAGUGCGGCUUCACAGGCUGGACUUGAAACCGAGCCCAUGUGAAAUGGUUUGGACCUGGACUAAAAGUUGGGAGGACAUCACUUGACGGAUGAGCGUGAGAACAAGCACAGUCCAUCAUGAGGAUUUUGACUUUACUAUGCGCCAUGGUCGGGCUGUGGUGGUCCACCGAUGCCAACAGAAACUGUCCGGACCUGAUCGUGGACAGCUGUCAGUGUUUGGCUGAGAGGUCCAAAGACCUCAGCAGGCAGCACGUCCGAGUCAAAGUUGUGUGUGAUGAUGUGGACCUGAUGGAGACACUUCACCCAAGCUUCUUACCUAACAGAACUUUCUCACUAAAUCUGAGUAACAACAAGAUCACUGUGCUGAGGAACGGAUCCUUCUAUGGCUUGGCAUCUCUGGAAAAACUGGAUCUGAGGAAUAAUCUGAUAAGCACAGUAGAGCCUUGGGCCUUCCGUGGUCUGCUGACUUUGAGGAGAUUGGACCUGUCAAGCAACAGAAUAGGUUGCCUCUACUCUGAAAUGUUUCUGGAUCUGGGCAAUCUUUUAAAAUUGAAUUUAUCUGGGAAUAUCUUCUCCACUUUGACAGUGGGACUCUUCACACACCUUGUGGCUCUCAGAGUACUACACUUCAAUACAGAUACUUUAUUCUGUGACUGCCAGCUGAAAUGGCUUCUCUUCUGGGCUCGAAGCAAGUCAGUGAGGAUUAGCAAUGACACGGUAUGCGUGUUUCCAACCCACCUCCAUGGCCUGGAAUUUCGCAAUCUUCGAGGACAGCAGCUCACAUGUGAUGGAGCUCUGGAAAUUCCUCUCUUUCAUUUGAUCCCUUCCCAGAGGCAGCUGGUUUUCCAGGGAGACCGUCUGCCUCUUCAGUGCACUGUCACUUACUUGGACCCUUCAGUUGAGUUGCGAUGGCAUCACAAUGGCUACACCGUGUCAACGCAAGAGGACCGAGGUGUUUAUGUGGAGGAAACUUUGCUUCAUGACUGUUGUCUGCUUACCAGUGAGGUCAUCCUCGCCAACAUCGACGUGGGCCUUGCUGGCACAUGGGAGUGUCUAAUGACUAGUUCCCGAGGCAACAGUUCUCGACAGAUGGAGAUAGUUGUACUAGAAAUGUCUGCGCCAUACUGCCCUGCUGACCGAGUCACCAACAACAAGGGGGAGUUUAGGUGGCCCAAGACUCUAGCGGGCAUCUUGGUCUUCUUACCUUGCGCCCCCUCCACCUUCGGUUCUGCCCCUCACCCAUUGGGCAAUGCUCCACAGUUCCCCAGCCAUAAGGAGAAGAAGGCAUGGCGGCGCUGUGACCGUACCGGACGGUGGGCUGAAGAAGAUUACACUCAGUGCCCUUAUGCCAGUGAAUUCACACGUGUGCUACAUGAGCUCACCCAGAUAACCGUCAACGCCACCAACGCUCAGCCUUUGGGCCAGCAAUUAGUGGCCUUUACCAGCAGGGCGGCUUACUUUACUGAUGUCAUGGAUGUCAUCUUUGUUACGCACCUCGUCGAGAGACUGACCAGGCUGGUAAAGAAGCGCAAGGAACUGGGCGACUAUAUUUCAGAGAUAGCCAGCAACAUGAUGCUGGUAGAGGAGCAUAUCCUAUGGAUGGCCCAAAAUGAAGCAAGAGCAUGCACACGGAUUGUUCAGUGUGUAGAGCGCAUUGCUGACCUGGCGCUGACUGGAGAGAAUCACGCCAUUUCUAAGGUCUCUGCUAACAUAGCUCUGGAGGCCUUUAUGAUACGACCCUCCAACUUUCUUGGCCUGUCUUGCACGGCGCUGCAGCAACCUCCAUUGUCUACCACGUUGCCCUUACUGGAAAGCCUUGCCCCCAAGUACAAGGAUACAAAUCGACAACAUGACACCAUGGGCGAAUCUUUCCUCAACUUUAAAUGUGACACAAUAAAUCGAGGCUCACCAGCCAGUCAUCUCAGCAUGAACUCCGUGGCAGUCGCCUCCAUCCAUUUACCUCUAGCUGCUCCGCACACCUCCUCCUCUGCCUUGCAAUCUGUUGAUAACUCCACUUGCAGGCUGCAGUUCAUCGUAUUCCGCAAUGGCAAACUCUUCCCGUGCACGGGGAAUUCGUCCAAUCUCGCGGAUGAUGGGAAGCGCAGGAGCGUGUCAACACCAGUUGCUUUCACCAAAUUAGAUGGCUGUAGCCUGGGGAGCGCCGUGCACUCCGUCACAAUUGCACUCAGGCACUUCGCAUUGGGGCUAGAGCCCACCGCAGCCUAUUGGGACUUUGACUUGCUGGAUGGACAUGGUGGCUGGAGGGCAGAGGGUUGCCACAUAACAGGCUCUGGUGGAAACACGACCACCAUUCACUGCACCCAUCUUAAUAACUUUGCCGUGCUCAUGGAUCUGAAGAAGGUGCUGUCUUUCCCCCCAUACCCAGCGGAGUUUUUGCACCCGGUCGUGUAUGCCUGCACGGCGGUCAUGCUGCUCUGCCUCUUUGCCUCCAUCAUCACAUACAUAGUGCAUCACAGUGCAAUCCGCAUCAGUCGGAAAGGAUGGCAUAUACUUCUCAACUUCUGCUUCCAUACGGCUCUGACCUUUGCUGUGUUUGCCGGCGGCAUCAAUCGAAUCAAAUAUCCCAUCAUAUGUCAAGCAGUCGGGCUUGUGCUGCACUAUUCGUCUUUAGCAACCAUGCUGUGGCUCGGAGUGACAGCGAGGAACAUUUAUAAGCAGGUGACUAAGAAGCCUCUACAGAGCCAAGACGGUGAACCGCCUAGACCCCCUAAACAGCCACUGUUGAGAUUUUAUUUAGUGAGUGGUGGAGUGCCCCUCAUCAUCUGUGGGGUCACCGCAGCUGUCAGUCUUGACAACUAUGGAAGCGGGGAGCAAGCACCAUACUGCUGGAUGGCCUGGGAGCCAAGUCUGGGAGCUUUCUUCGGCCCAGUGGCCCUCAUCGUCCUGGUGACAUGCAUCUACUUCCUCUGUACCUUCAUCCAACUGCGGCGCCACCCUGAAAAAAAGUAUGAGCUUAAGCAGCUAACAGAAGAGCAACAAAGGUUGGCCUCCGUCGACGUGCCGACACAUUGCCAGCAGGCAGCCGAGCCCGGCGUCCCGACGGGCCAGCCUUCCAGUAGCCACUGCCCUGCCGGUUGCCCGGGUGUCCCAAUUAAUCCCGCCCUGCUAGCAAAUGAGCACUCCCUGAAGGCCCAAUUACGCACAGCGGCCUUCACGCUUUUCCUGUUCCUGGCCACGUGGACUUUUGGCGCACUGGCCGUAUCACAGGGUCACUUCCUGGACAUGAUCUUCAGUUGCCUGUACGGUGCCUUCUCUGUCACGCUUGGCCUCUUCAUCCUCAUUCAUCACUGUGCCAAACGGGACGAUGUUUGGCAUUGCUGGUGUUCUUGUUGUCCUGGAAGGCGAGCCAACAGCUCCUCCGGUGCUCAUGGGGCGGGCCAAGCACCACCAAAAGUCAACGUAAAUGGAGAUACCCCUUCGCACGGCCAUGGUCACAGUCACUGCCACCAUGAGUCACCAUGUAAGGCUGUGAUUAGCUGUAGUCAUGCCAGUGUCAGUCACUGUAAACAUGCUGCUGUUCCAUCAUCACAAAAUCAUGUAACCUGUCUAACACCUGUGACUCCAUGUUGCGCUGCCUUGCAUAGCCAGCAACUCAUGGAGGAGGAACCUACUGCUGCACACGUGCUGCUUCAUGCUAAUCCAGAGGGCUAUCGGCCAGGCAUCCAGUUGCACCCCUGUUUGAAAAGCAGCAGCAGGACUAAAGGCCGCCAUUUUAGCCGCAGGUCUCCAACCAGUGUUUGUGUUCCGGGGAGUGAGAGAGAAUACGCCUAUCAUAUCCCCUCCAAUGUCGAUGGCGGCAGCGUGCACAGUUCACACACUGACAGCCCUCACAGCACCCAUGAGCGUCACAUCCACACUUGUCCACAUCAGGUCCAUGAGGUCCACCACGAGGGGCAUCAUACGUGCCACACGGCAGCAGCGGGCGCGCAUGAGACCCUCGCGUGUCAUAAUCCCUGCCAUCGGCACAUGUGCUGCGCCAAGGCGGACAUUUUCCCUUCCCUGUGCCCGUCAGAGGGAACCAAUGCAGGAGUGUUCCUAUGCGGGUGCAGCAAAGUGGCCGAGGAGGAGCCAAUCACGCAUCACCAUUUGGAAAUGCACGCCCCACGCAGACAAUCUUAUCCCCAGAAUCCACCCAAUCAGAAUGGGAUUCUAAAGGGUGGCUUGCACGAGGGACUGCUUUAUAGCUCAGACAGUACGGGAAAUAUACGCACUGGACCCUGGAAAAAUGAAACUACUGUUUAGUCCGGGAUGGAUCGAGGCGGCAGCACCAUUUCAUGCCAACAAAAACAACCACAAAAAAAACAAACAAACAAAAACACUUGUUCCAGAAUAUUAAAAACUUGUAAACAUCUCAAUCAUUGUGGGAAAAUGUCUUCAUAUCUGUAUGUGUGUUUCUUUACUGGACAGAAAUCUGCCAUAUAAAGUUCUCCCAGAAGAACGCCCAUUCACAAAACAACUUAUUCCAUCAAGAUCAAUAUAUGAACAUGUCAGAAGAUACACGUGAACACAGGAUGUCACCACUCUUGCACAUCACUCCAGAUAUCUGUACACAUAAAAGAAAUUGAAUGGCUGUAUGUAUGGAUAUUAGUGUUAGUGCUCAAAGGCAACAAGCUGCAAGAUGUUUUUUUACCCUUUGAGCCUGAAACCAUCAACUGAUAAAAUGAACUGAAACCAAACUUUAAAAAACUCAUAGCAUCCAUGUUAUAGACGAUUAAACCAGCAAUUUUCACUUUUCAUGGUUUUCUUUGCCAUUCGGUCAAACAGCUGUGAAUAUGUACAAGAUGUUUUCUAAAUCACAUACAAAGAUCAUGCUGCUUAGCAUUUAAGUACUAUUCAUCCAAGACAUGAAAAAAAGUGAACUCAAACAUGCUUUUUCAGGGUGGUAUUCAGUAUGUCUUCUGAAAGGUGAUGUCACGCGUACUUUUUAUUUUCUUCCAGUGUUCAACAAUAUCACUGUUACUUCAGUACAGAGUUUGUCUGAAUUAAGAUUAAUCGGCAGAGAUUUUAUUCAUCAUUAAAAAAAAUACAGUGGUGCCUUGGAAUUGUGAUUGUCACGAUCAAAUGUUUGUAGAAUUGAUUAUUCUGUCACUGAAUCAAAAUCCAAUUUUAUUUUGUCUUAAAGUGUAUUGUGAGACCGUUUUACCCCAUUUAAUUUAUUUAUCAGUUAUUGUUCUAUAUUUGGUAUUGUUUAGUGUUGAUUGGUUCAGUUACUGAUUCGGUCAUUGUCUUCCAAAAGAAAAGCAGACGUUUGCAAAUGUUUUGUUUUGAUUAAACACAGAAGUCAGUCAGUCUGCUUUUAUGAAGGACUUCAGAAAUCUGAGAAUAAUUACUGUCGAAAAACUGAAAUCUGAGGAUUUGGACAAUUUUAGUUUAAAUGAAUACUUAAUUAUUAAAAUAGUUGUUGAUUAAUUUGAUAGUGGAUUAGUUGUCGAUCAAUCGAUUCACUUGGACACCUCAGCCUGAGAUUUCAAUUUGCUCUGUGACCUCGCUUGUCAUUUCAGACUCAUACCUCAAAUCACAUUUUCUCAACACGCGAACACGCAAAGUGACGUGGUUGUUCGUUUUAUUUUAAUUCUUUUUCAAUUUUCACUUGGACAGUAAACUUCAACUGGGAGAGUUGUAUUAUACAGCUUGAAGCAUGUUUCCUGAAAAAUUGUUAUCCACCAAAGAGCUGCUUGUAGUGACGUCAGUUGAGUUCACUGCCACCCUACAAUGCUCAUAGCUCAAGUUUUUGCUCACAAGUCAAAGCAAAUAAUGAGUGAACGACGGCCCGUAUCUUGAAACACCGAUAAGUCUGGUCACUUAUAUUUCAAGGCACCACUGUACGCUGUUCCAGUAUUCUCCACAAUGAAAACACAACAACACAAGACAUAGCAGCAUAACGAUUAUAUUUAAGAUAUAAAAAAAUAUACAUUGCAUUUUAAAUACGAAACAGUAUGCAGGUAUCACAAAUGUUAAACAUAAAACCUAUGCCUCUUUUUCUUUUUUCCAUACAGAAAUACAGGUAAAUCUACGUCAAAAUUGCAGUGCAGUCUGAAGGUCCGGAAAAAGGUAUAUGAUAAUCAGUGCACAAAAUUUUGAGGUAACUUGAUAUGAGAGUUUCUGUUUCUCUCCCAGUGUGAAAUUAAAAAGCUGCAUGACAUCGGGGAUUGGAGGAUUUCCUCAGGCAGUCAAUGGAGCAGGGUAGUGGCAGCCGCCUGUCACUAAGGCUGUCGCUUUGCCUGGAGACAGUGCUGUACAGUGGAUGCUGUAGAUCAGGGGUGCCCAACCUUUUUGGACCGAAGAUCUUUUCGAUCAACCAACCCCCCACAAUCGACCCGUUACCAUGCACACGCGGAUACGCACGCACUUACAUACACUUGCCAUGAUGAGCAACAGCCACAAUGGCCCCUAAUAUGAACAAAACUGAAAAAUAAAGUAAACACAAGAGUUUAGGAGUUUGUGAAAAGGAAAUCAGGUUCCCCCCACCCCUCUACACCCCUCACUAUCGACUUGGGACCAGUCCAUCACGAUCCACGUAUUGGGCACCUCUGCUGUAGAUCGUCCAUGGCGGAUAGAAGCGACUUCAGCACUCUGCUUACUUCUACAAAUAUGAUUCUGCCCAACUCUGUGCUUUGACAAUUUUUCUCAUUGUCAUUUCUUGUCAUCAUUCUGAAACCCCAAAUCAAGCAUGAAUCUGCUUUUAUGCAACCAUCAAUUGUUUCCCUCACAUUGUCCACCCAUGGGUGUUUUUUUUUUUGGGUCAAUGGCGAAUGCCAUAUCAGUUUUGUCAAAUCCUCAAUUCCAUCCACUCAGUAGUUACAGAUUUGUCCAAAAAAAUCCAGUUUGGAACUUCAGCUGUUUAUGGUUUAGUAUUUGUCGUGAAGGAUUAGAACGCUUGAAGAGAAGGCAAGAGAGGCUAUGGACCAACUGAAACCGUAUGUUUGUGUUCAUGUUUGAAUGUUGUUUUAUUUUGGUGGCUGGAAAACACCAGUUACACAUUUCAUCAGAAAAUUAAAAAAGAAAUAAAGAAAUAAAUGUGCAUAUAAUCUGCAUUGAGACCGCAAAACCUGUUCUCGUAAAACCACCUCGGCAUGCGCAUCGUCUUUCUUCAUUAUGCGCACUCUUGUCUGUGUGAAUAAAAAUGGUUCCUACUUUAUUAUUUUCCAUCAGAUUUCAAAUAUUUAUAAACACAAUAACUCUAUGAAUACAGUAAUGGGGAAAUAUUGACCUCUCGAUUUUAAUACUCAGUAUCUGAGUUUAGCAAUGUCUUUGGUUUUAUAAUGCCUUUUAAUGCAUUGUCAUUUUUGUUGCCAUUAACAUAAGUGUGCAGAUUCUCCACGUGUUGUUGGACUUUUCCUAAAUGCACUAACCAUUGCUAAAGUUAGCCCAUCCGAAUCACAUUGCUUGCUGUUCUAGUGUGAUAAUUCUGGAAAUGGUUGCUCAGACUGGAAUAGCUGAGAUUAAAGAUAUAUAUAAACUUCUGUAGAAAUGAGAGGAAAGAAGCAUUCACUUGAUGCUCAGUGCCAUUUUUUUUCUCCAGUGAAACUGCAGUUGUAUUCAUAGACGAUGCAUGAAUCUCCCUCCCCAUAGAGUUUAUUCCACGGUCUUGGACAAAAUUAUUUAUCAUAGGCUGAAUUAGAGUGCUAAAAUAUCGGCCUAUAUUCUUGUAGUCACUUAGAUGAUGGCGGCCUGUCACUCUGCCUUUUAAGUUGUCAGGGAGAUUAAUUUGUAACAGUAUCACACAUGCAAAGAGCAUCUUGGAGGGCGGGCACGGCCCCUUAUGGCGUGCAGACAGUAAUGGGUGUGCAUAUAUGUACACACACACAUACAUAAAUAAAAACAUAUUAAAGAUCGACAUUGAAAAACGACUUGAGCAAAACACACUCUUCGAAGAGAACGGUGGUCUCUGUUCAUGGCUGUGCAAUUGUAUUUGCUCUGUGUUUUGUUUCAGUGUGUUUGGUGUCAUAGUGCCACUGUAGAAUACCUUCUCUAUUGUCAGUCGUAGCAGAUGUGCUGUCCCAAAUGAGCAUGACUGUUUACUUUCGGGUCACCUAGCAGCUGCUUGAAAACUGACCAGUGGCACUGUGACAAAACCCAAAGCCAGUUGUCACUUUUUUCUACAUUGACACAGAUUCCAAUAAAUGUAUUUUUUCACCAUGUAA